AUAAGUACAGCACCCCGAAUUUUUCCGAAGAAGAGCAACUGAAAAUUAGAAAUAAGAAACCCAACCAAAAGUUUCCUGAAAGACUUCCAUUUUCACACUCACCAAUCCACGAAUACAAUUCUCCAUAUAUAGAUAUAUAUAGUAUAAGAAUCUCCACCAAAUUGGAAGAAAGGGAUUCUUUUUUCUGUUUUAAAUUCAGAAGAUGAGUGUGUGUGUGUGUGUGUGUGAGUUUUUGGUAUAAAUUUUAGAGAGUUCCAGAGGGUUGAUAGAGUUUCGUGUCCAAAGGGGUUGUUUUUAUCCGGGCUAGUCCUUUUUCCCCCCUGUGGGUUAUUUUAGGUGAUAGAAUCAUUACCAUAAUUUAUAGUAUAAUAUUCUGGUGAUUCUGUGUAUAAGAAGGUGGUCUUGGGUGGUGAAGAUUUUCUUACUCUACCGAAACUCUGGAGUUCUGUUUCCCAAACUUUACACUUCUUCUUUUUGGGGGUGCCCAGUUGUGAGAAAUUGAGAUAACAGUUGGUAGAAGAUCAUAACUCCUUGAGAAUUGUAAUGGGUAUGUGUCACAUUUCCGAGUUUUUCACCAAUAAUUUCAUGUGGUUUGGAGUUAUUUUCUUUGUUACUCCAUCUUGGUUUUUCUUUUUGAUUCUCAAAAGUGAUGCUAUUCUUCUACUUCUUCAAUUUCUGGAAUUCCCUGUAGUUUGCUAAGUCUGUUUGCUUUUUGAUUGUGGGAUUUGUGUGGGGAGGGGGUUGUUAGUUGUUUUGUAGGUGCACACACAAAAUUGUGAUUUUUGAUUCUUUGUUACAUAUGUCUGGUCUGUCCAGUUCCUGAAUUACAGUGGUUGGUUCUUUCUCCUUUUCACACAGUUAUGCUGUUUUUUUUUUUGUUAUGUUAAUGUGUGACAGUUGUAUAUGCUGACAAAUCCUCAAGGGUUGUGUUUUAAUGGCUUUUGAUGGGGUAAUAGGUUUUUUCUGAGAGAGAAACAGAGUGUCCCACCAUUCUCACCCCACACAGACAAGGGGCAUGAGAACCUUUCUGAGGGCGGCUAAUGAGGAAUGCUUCUUUAAUUGGCCUCCUUGAUAUUUUUAGUUAUUCUAUAGUCCCACAUUCAAGUCUUCUUCUUCUUAAUAAUGGGUCGCUUUUUUAAUAUUCUUAAUUCUUUGUUUCCCAAUCCAAUUUUAAAAACAUAAUCUGGAUUACUUGUUUCACACUCAUGGUUUCUGGUCUCUUCUUUGUGAUUGGAAGCCUCAGUGAGCUAUUCCAGUACCAUGGAUGAUGAGUAUGAAAAAUUUAUCAAAAGAAUGAAUCCACCCAGAGUUGUUGUUGAUAAUGAAUCUUGCAAGAAUGCUACAGUUAUACAGGUGGACAGUGCAAACAAACAUGGUAUACUUCUUGAGGUUGUACAAGUCCUAACUGACCUCAACCUUAUGAUUACGAAGGCUUAUAUCUGCUCAGAUGGAGGAUGGUUUAUGGAUGUCUUCAAUGUUACUGAUCAACAUGGGAACAAGAUAACUGAUGAAGGGGUACUAGACUACAUUCAGAAGUCACUUGGUCCAGAUUCUUGUUUUGCCUCCUCUAUGAGAAGAUCUGUUGGGGUUGUACCUGCAAUGGACCACACCUCAAUUGAGUUAAUUGGAAGUGACAGACCGGGUCUACUCUCUGAAGUGAGUGCUGUCCUCACCAACCUAAAAUGCAAUGUGGUGAAUGCUGAAGUUUGGACCCACAACACCCGAGCUGCAGCUGUAAUGCGAGUAACUGAUGAAGAAACUAGGGCUGCCAUUACUGACCCUCAGAGGCUGGCUUUGAUUAACCGGCUAUUGUGUAAUGUGCUUAAGGGCAGCAACAAAUACAGGGAGCCUAAGACUGUUGUUUCACAUGGACUCACACACACUGACAGAAGGCUUCACCAGAUGAUGUUUGCUGACCGCGACUAUGAACGCUCUGUUGAUGAUUCUCUAGAUGAGAAAGAGAGGCCUAAUGUCAAUGUGGUUAAUUGGCAAGAUAAAGACUAUUCUGUAGUUACCAUUCGCUGCAAGGACAGGCCAAAACUCUUGUUUGAUAUCAUUUGUACAUUGACGGACAUGCAGUACGUUGUUUUUCAUGGAAAUGUUGAUGCUGAGGGGCCACAAGCUUAUCAGGAAUACUGCAUAAGACAUGUAGACGGAUCACCAGUGAAAUCGGAUGCAGAGAGGGAGAGAGUCAUCCAUUGUCUUGAAGCAGCGAUUGUGAGACGAGUAUCUGAGGGGUUGAAACUCGAAUUGUGUACUACUGACCGAGUUGGACUUCUAUCUGAUGUUACUCGGAUUUUUCGGGAGAAUAGCCUCACUGUCACGAGAGCAGAAGUCGCAACCAAAGAAGGGAAAGCUUUCAAUACAUUUUAUGUCCGUGACUCUUCAGGAUAUCCUGUGGAUGCUAAGAUUAUCGACUCCAUCCGGCAAACAAUCGGACAAACUAUACUAAGCGUUAAGGGUUCGCCUGAAGAAUCGAAUCAGUCACAACAAGAAUCUCCGACAAGAUUCCUCUUUGGCGGUCUCUUUAAGUCCAGAUCCUUUGUCAAUUUCGGUUUGGUUAGAUCAUACUCUUGAGUAGAGACAAACUGCACGCGCUGCUGAUGUAUAUUCCUUAGUCUACAACCCAUCUUUUGGGUUCAUUGAUCUCCAUAGGUAAGGCAGUAGUGCCCUAUAUAGCUUUGUCUAGAGAUUGGAAAAGGGUGUUUAAGAUUAAUUCGGAUUAGCCUACCAUUUGUAAAUAUUCCCAGUUAGUUCCUUUUAGUCCUGUUCUUGGAUUUCAUGCAUCCAAUGUGAAGUUGGAUUGAUGACAGCUGAGAUGGAACUGAUCUUGUGAUUUUGACGCAAGAACUCAGUCUCAGAAGUGAAUCCUAAUGUACAGAGUUCAAAGUAUCUGCUUCUAUGGCACAACUUGAUGGCAUAAUUAGUCAACUUGCAUGAAAUUGCCUUCCUAUGUUCUAGGUCAGACCCAGAACAACAACGCAAGACUAAACCAUAUGUUUGACCCGAUUCUUCAACGCUUCUGCAUGAUGUUGAAGUUGAGAUGAUAAACCAUUGGAAAGGGUCAAACAAAACCUCGUCUGCAACUAAGGAAACUUCGGACAUGAUUGGGUUUGAUUUGGAUGAAAACUGCUAAGGUUAACCAUAAAAUAAUUCGGCAGUUUUCCACUGUUUGAGAGCUUAGCAUUGACUUGGAAUGAGACCUUUCCCGGGAGAUCAGAUACAACUGAUUUAGAAAUGUUUGAGAUUGAGCUGACUUUCACAUUAGAAACGCAUUGAUUGAGUUUGAGACAUUGAAUAAGGUUUAGUUUGUUAGUUUGAUCAACUCUUCUUCUUUAGUUGUAUUCUUCAAAUCUACUAGUCCUUGAAGAGAAACUUUACCAUUUACAAGAUAGUUACCACUUCAAAAAUGUUCAUAUAACCA